AUGAGCAGGGCGGCGGCCGGCGUGGACCUCCAGCGGGAGGCAGAGGCGAGCACUGGGGUGGCGCGGGAGGGCGCGGGAAGCAGCGGUCGACGGCAGGCGCGGGAAGCAGCAGUCGACGGCAGGCGCGGGAAGCAGCAGUCGCGCGUAGCCAGGGCACCGCGAGGCUCAGGCGAGGUCGGGCAGUGGCCGAGCGCGGAUGCGGGCGCGGGCAGGAGCCAGGUAGCAGGAGGGGAAGGGCGCAAGGCGCGAGCGGGUGCGCGCGGUGGGGGUUGCGGACACACGGGGCGUGGUGAGCAGGCAGCAACGGAUGCGCGGGGUCAGCGGGCGAGGUGUGUGUGGUGGCGCGAGGAGCGGGACGGGCGGGGCGCGCGGUCCAGGCGUGACGCGGGGAAGGAGGCCGCGGCCCCAGGGCAGCAGCAGUUGCUGGGUGCACGAGCACGCGUGCGCUUCGGCGCGGGCAGGCGCGGCCAGGAGCAGGGGGGCCACGGGUGGGCGAGCCAGCGCGGGCUGCGGUGGGGCGACGAGCGGGCGCAGUGCGCGUGGAGGGAGCAGGGGGGUCGCGGUGACUCGGGGACGACGCGGGCGCGUUCGAUCUGCCGGGGGAGGAGAGGAAAAGAGGACGGCGCCUCACUGUGGGCAUCGGGAAUUGGCAGAGGGGCAUGGGGAGGAGACGGAGACGUCGGCGAGGCGGUGACGAGGUGCAGGCCGGCGAGGAGGAGGAGGAGGCAGUCCGGCGGGGAAGCUCCGGGCGCCGGCGUCGAGCGGCGGGGUCGGCGAUUCGAUGCCGAUCCAGAUCGGAUCGGUCUUCUUGCCCGGUUUAUCCUGCAGCUUCCUAUUCCAAAAAGGAGAAUUGGCCUGUGGAGAUUAAAUAGUUAUAAGAAGACAGUUUAA